AGUGUGAACAUUCUUUUACUUUUUCUUUUCUUUUUACAAACUUAGUUCUAAAAAAGGAUCUUUGUCGUCUUCAUCGUCCAUGCGCUUGUUCGCGUUUUCCAUACAUUGUUCAUAAAAUGCAUCACUUUGGACUUUGGAUCUAAAUUUACACGUUGUUGUAAAUAAUAAAAUAACACAAGCCACUAUGACAGAAGUAAAUAUGUACAACAACAAAACAAAAAUCGAUAAAAGAAAAGAGUGACAAGAAGUAAGAAAAUAGAAAAAUAAAAAACAAUUGUUAAUUGUUAUUUUUACCCCAUAUUUUAGUGCGACUAUGGUUGAAUUUCGUCUCAUUUCCAGCGCGAAAUUAAAUUUUCGAAACUACAUAAUUUAUUUCCUCUUAAUAUUAGUGCGACCCUCCAAAAAUAAUUAUCUUUUCGGUCGUAUGAAAUUAGCAAAAUGACGUAACACAUUGAUAGAUAAUUAGAUGCCAUCAGUCUGUAAAGUGGACCGAACAAAAUGACGGACAUAGAAAACCGACAUUUCGGAUUGUCUGCUGCGCAGACAUUCUUUUUAAUUACUUCUUCGUAGAUGGCUUGUUACGUACGAAGAAGUACAUAGAAUACUUUCACAUUGUUAAGUAAAUAACCAAGAAAAGAAAUCGCAGUUUUUUUUGUUUGUGUUUUAAAGUACACAUCAUUUUUUGAACAAAAAAAACUACAGGCUUUGACCUAAAAAAAUAAACAUAAAUCCAGUAACGCAAGGAACAUAUUUUGUAUGUUUUCAACAGCACGAUAAUUAUUUGGUAUACUAAAAUAGAUAAAAAAUAUUAAAAGAAAAUAUGUCAGAUUGGUGGAACACAAGCAUUGAAAAUCUAAGUUAAAAGAUCUCGUAAUGUUUGCUAAUGGACUAUGCAGGAAAAAUAUUUAGCUUUUAAUAUUUCUUGUGGAAUUUCAGAUUAAAAGUUUUUAUAUAAAGACAAACUUUGACUUAAGGCACUUGCUGUUAAAGCAAGAAGUUUUACAGGUUUACUCAUUAAAAUAUUUUGUUGCUAGAUGGUUCAUAUCUUAUAUUUAAAUUUUAUAGAGUUUUAGUGUGGCACUUGUAAGUGUAUCUGAGGCGCAUGUGAGAUUAUGCGAGACCGUUGAGAGUGUAUGUUACACUCUUAUGAGUUUUGCAAGGCGCUUCUAAGUUUAUGUCAGACGCUUAUGAGUUCAUGUGUGGCGUUUGUAGUUUAUGUGAGAUGCUUAGGAGUUCAUGCAAGGCCUUUAGGAGUUUAUGUGACGUUCAUAAGAAAUUAUGAAACGCGUUUAUGAGGUUUUGUGAGACAGUGAUGAGUUUAUGUGAAGCAUCAGGUUGAAAUAUUUGACGGUGUAAUCGCAUAGUUUAGCUUAUCGUAUUUUAUUUCAUUACCCAAAGGGGAGCUCAAUAAUAAUGAUCUAAAAAGUAGUUAGAAUAAUGUAGAGCAUGUUAAAUGGUGUAGGUAUUAAUUUUUAGAACUCCGACUUUAAGUAAGACAAAUUGUCUGACUUUAGGCAUGUUGAAAAAUUGUAUGGAAUCUAUAGAUAAUUAUUCCUUGUCUCAACUAUAGAAGAGUUUUAAGUUGCUUAUUCAUAUGAUACUGUUUGGAAUGGUGUUAUGAACUAAGCUAAAAUUUUGUAAAGCCAACUGAACGUGGUGUCAUGUUAAAUAGUCUGUAAAGUUAUAAACUUUAUAAAUAGAAAUAUAUAACAGUUAGCGCUUUCCCGAUUUUUCCACGUAAAAUGAUACUUUUAAUUCUUUUAAUUACAGCUGUAUGAUUAAUUGCUUUUAUUAAUAGCUGUUUUGAUAAUGCAUCCAGCAAAGCAAAAGUGAGUUUUGUGUGACAAAAUGAUAAAAACUCUAAACAGAAUAUUGUAUUGUUUGUUUACGUAUUUUUAUUGUUGUUGGCUAUGAUUAAUUUUUUAUUAAUUUUUUAUUAAAAGUUUUAUAUUUAUCACAAGACAGCCAACGAAAUGAGGUGUUUGUUACUCUUUUUUGUGCUUCUACUCAAUGCAUGGCAUGUAACAGGAGUGUGCCUGAGACAACUCAAUACAAGAUACAUCAACCACUUCGAUGCUUUUAAAUUAAACGAAAAAGAAUGCCGGAAUAAAUGUGACAUCAGUCCUCUGUGCUUCGCAGCAACAUGGACAGCAGGACAAGCAGCACAUGAUUAUUACAACUGUUUCUUGCAUCAAAGCAAUUCUAAAUCGCAAGAUUUUGUAGGAUUUAUUGGAUACAUCUGUAAGGCUCGUUGUCAGAAAGAUGGACAGAAAUUUACCAGCCAGAUAUAUCAAAUGACACGGACCUGCAAAGAAAAAUGCACGUGUACGCUUAAUGGAGAUGUGUUAUGUGAAAAAUGUAUACUGUCCAACAUCAAUCGCGAAUUGUAUCGCUCCUGAGGUUAAAAUCUUAUAUAACGCACCAAUAAGCUCUAUAUGCAGUUGCCCAAAACAAGUUUGUGUUAUACCAGGAAAUGUUUCCAUUGAAGCUGUCAAGAAACAGAGUGUUGUUUUAACUUGUUCAAUUUUAAGAAUGCCUUGGACAUUCAAUGGUAAAAAUAUUAAGCAUAGCGAUAAGUAUAUCAUCAAUGAAACCAGCUUAACGAUAAGCAACGUAGCUUCAUCGGAUGAUGGCACAUAUUCUUGUUAUGAUGGCAAAUUGUACAUUUUAAAAGCUAUUACAGAUAAUUCAUUGUCUCUUGAUAAAAAAGGAAAAGGAACAGAAAGCAAAAACAAUUUUAAAAUCGUUUACAUAGUGGUGCCAACAUUGGUCAGCAUUUUGAUUGCAAUAUCAGUUAUAUUGUGCUUUGUCAAGUACAGACAUAGUCAAAAGAAAGAGAGGAAGGGAGCUUGGAAUAAUAGCAAUGCACUACUCAAAACAAAGGAAGCUGCCUACAGCGAGCUGACAGGUGAAGGCAAAAGGGGUGAAUAUCUAAAGCUAAAUGCCAAUACUUUAACACGACCGGAAGAUACAUCUCAAUUACAGGGAUUGUGCGCUUACGAGGUAUCCCCAUACUUAGUACAAGAUCAGGCCCAAUCGGAAGCGUCGUUUACUAAGAAAAGACAAAAACAAAAUAAUUCCUCUAUUCAGUUUAACGCAAAGCAGUCAGAGGAUUACAUAACAGAGCAAUAUCUUGAUAUGCCUCCUUACGUUGGUGCAGAUGAGAGUAUAAGCAAGGAUAAAUUUAAAGGAUAUGAAGUAUCUCCUGAUCUGGUAUAAGAAAACAAAAAUUCUUAAUAAUGCGUAUUAUGUCUAAAUAAUGGAGUGUCAAAAACCUGUUUAAAUCUCUAGAAAAUUUAUUGGAGUAAUAAAAAUAAAUAUUCGACAAAUUCACAGAAAGUUAACAUUCAAUGCAAUACCAUAGAUUUCACGAUUUGUGUGUAUGGGCUGACUUCACUGCUUCUUCGGAGUAUUAUGCGAAAAUAAAAAUAACGGAACACAGCAAAGAAAAAAACUUUUAAUAAUAAUUUUAUAUAGGAUAAAAAAAUACGUCUUGAUGCAAGUUUGCAUCAGUGUAUUGGAUUGAAUUGUAAUGUGGUUGAGCCUAGGAACCAAAAAUAUCGGCGAGACAAAAUUGCUGCUAAAAAGGCCGCCCAAAAUAUGUCUACCGUAAUUCUGAAUUUCGCCAAACUUUCUUCUGGCGAAAAUUUCUUAUUUCUUUAUUUUUUUUGUAUUUUCCUAAUAUCAAUGUCGAAAUUUUUUAUCCUUGAAAUUUUAUUGAUCACCUCUGAUUCUUCCAUGCAUUGCUGGAAUCUAUAUAUUUCAUGG